AUGGCUGACAACAUUACUCGAUCUCUUCAUACAUUGCCCGUCGAUUUAGUAUAUCAUAUAUUGGACAAACUGGAUCGAUUAACCAUUCUUCUAUCACUUCGUAAUGUUUGUACAAGUCUUAAUACGAUUAUUGAUACCUAUCAUCAAUAUAAGACACUCAGCAACCUUACCCUCCGAAGCAACGAUAUUGGUUCUAAUGGAGCACAAUAUCUGGCUGAAGCAUUACAGAAUACUACAACACUUACCAUGCUCAAUCUUGAAAGCAGCAACAUUGAUUCUGUAGCAGCACAGUAUCUUGCUCAAGGAUUACAAAAUAACACUACACUCACAGAGCUUAAUCUUCACUACAAUAAAUUUGGUGAUGAAGGACUGGAAUAUUUAUCUCGAGCAUUUCAAAAUAACACGGUUAGACAAGUUUUCUUUUCAUCGACUAUAAUUUCAUGA